ACAACUCAUGGGGCUCCUGAGUAAUAGGGGAUCAUGGGGCCCCUGAUGUAGGGGAAAGAAGACGUAGAUAACAGGGGCGGACUGACAACUCAUGGGGCCCCCGGGCAAUAGGGGAUCAUGUGGCCCUGUGUCCUUGCCCAAACUCAAAAAAGCCUAUGAAAAAGGUACCAGAGGCAUCUCAUGGGGCCCCCUACUGACACCGGGCUCUCGGGCAGUGCCCGAGUUUCCAAAUGGUCAGUCCCCCCCU